GACGGUCCAAGAUACUCAGAAGAAAGGAGAAUGGAAGGUCGUGGAACCCAACGAACGAACAGAAGAACAAAAGAAGGGAAGGCUGAAGAUUCCGAAGGAGGAGGGGCCCAGGCGGUGGACACUUGCUCGACUGACUGACUACGUACCGUGCCAUGAGAACCGUAGUGACAGGAAGGAAGGGAGGGGCAGCACGAGCAGAGCCUUGAUCUGCACGCUAAUCCUACGAAAUAGUGAAAAGGGUGUCCCAAUUCAGUAAUAUGGCGGAAAGCAUGGGGCGGAUCGUACGAAAUUGCCUUGCGUUUCCUCCUUUCCAGUAGCCUUGCGCCUGCAGGCAGAAUCGGAUCGAGCAUACUGGUGUGGACAGAGACUGAGAGAAUUUGGGUCGGGGAAAUUGGACAACAGAUAGAGAGAGUGAGAGUGAGGUGUAGGGGGUCGUCGAGUUUUGUGCAUUGGAGGCCGAUUUGUCACCGAGGCCGAAGAGGCAGAGAUGUUUUGUGUCAAAGUCCAUGCUCCGGAGCAAUUCACAGAGGAGGAUUUGAUCCCUCGGAUGGCCACGACGACUGUCGCAGAGGCGAGCACGGAUGGGGGAGCCAAGGGAGCUCCGGUCGGGGAGAAGGGUGCAGGCCCUGCUGGAGGAGGAGAACCGGGACAUACGAGAACCGUCUGCUUUUCUUCGGGGAACCCUAGGGUGGAAUCCACUCGAGGAGUUAUGCACCUGUAUCGUAACACCACUGCAGACCCUGGCAGCGCAGAUCAAUUGCCGGUCGGUCGUAGUGAACAUUUGUGCGUUUUGGCAGUUCCGACUCAUAUGACUGGAGCGGAUUUUUGUCAGUUCACGGGCUCGUUUAUGCAAAAUAUCGAAGACAUGCGGAUAGUCAGAAAUGAUGGCGUUACGGAUAGGUACAGUGUCUUGAUGAAGUUUGAUAAACAAAGCUCAGCUGAUGAGUUUUACCGUCACUAUAAUGGAAAACCUUUCUCUUCAUUGGAGGCGGAGGUUUGCCACGUCUUAUUCACUGCGGAUGUCCAGUACACCGACACAGCGGAGGAAGCAACCUUGCCUCCUUCUGGCCUGACAGAACUCCCCACGUGCCCUGUCUGUCUUGAAAGACUUGAUCAAAACAUCAGUGGAAUUUUGACGACUGUUUGCAACCAUUCUUUUCACAGUUCCUGUAUAUCAAAGUGGACCGAUUCGUCUUGUCCUGUUUGCCGAUACUGUCAACAACAGUCUGACAAAUCCACGUGCUCAAUUUGUGACACUUCGGAGAAUCUGUGGAUAUGCGUCAUAUGCGGUUUUGUUGGCUGUGGACGUUAUCAAGAAGGCCAUGCCAUCAAUCACUGGAAGGAGACUCAACAUUGCUACUCACUAGAGCUUGAGACUCAAUGUGUCUGGGAUUAUGUUGGGGACAACUAUGUCCAUCGGUUGAUCCAAUCGAAGACCGAUGGGAAGCUUGUUGAGCUUCCAGCACCGUGCCGGGAUGGCAGUGAAGAUUGCAGCAGUUGUGAAGCUUACAGCAGGAGUGCUGAGGUUGAUGAGGCCCUUUACGAUAGCAAAUUAGAAGCUAUAGCAACCGAGUACGAUCAUCUUUUGACUACACAACUGGAGAGUCAAAGACAGUAUUAUGAAGGAUUGUUAGAAGACGCAGAAACAAGAAGAGAUGCUUCUAUUUCGUUGGCCGUGGAGAAGGCCAUGAGCCUAAAACUUCAACGAAUGCAGCAAGAUAUGAAGAAGGUUCAGGAAGAACACGAGUUUUUGCAGCAGGUGAAUCAGUCUCUUGUCGAUAAUCAAAAAAGGUGGCAGCAGAAGUUCAAGGAACAGGAAGAAAGGGAAAGAGCUGCGAUCAAAGAACGCGAUGAGAAAAUUACUGAUCUGGAAGAGCAGGUUCGGGAUUUCAUGAUCUUCAUUGAGGCUCAAAAAAUGCUGGAGUCGAGUGCUAACGCUGCAGAGUUACGAGAAGGCACCAUCUUGCCUCUACCAGCUAACGUCAGCAAGCCUGGCAGAUCAUCAAAACUUGGUCGGAAAAAGAAAUGACAACGUCAGGAAAACUUCAGAGUUUCGACCGUCUUGUUACCUUUCACAGAGUAUCUGUCGUACACGGUAUAUAUAUUUUGCCCAUAAAUAGAUAGGUUCUUAUGACCGCGUUUACCCCAAAUAUUCAGCAGGCAGUUCGCAUGGGUAGUGUAAGCUCAAAUAUAUGUCGAUGUACGAAAGUGGUCUUGCUUUGAAGCUCUCGAGUCGUUUUCUGAAGUCGAUGAAGGGAAUCUUGUCUUAAAGAUAAUUGUCCAUACUAUCCCGAAGUCCUUCAGUUUCCUCCGUGCUCUUGCUUCAUAAUUGAAAUACGAGUAUUUUGCUUCCCGGUUAUUUAUAUUGGCGUAUAAGAC